AUGCAACUUAGAGGCGACAAGGUCUACGAUUUCGUGUCCGUGGAGCGAGAUUUCAAAGAGAGCGAGAAGAAGACCAAGCAGAAGCAGAUCGAUUGGCUGCGGAAGUAUAAGUGGUUAAUCGAGGAAUACACGAACGUGGAAAGAGAGAUGCAGGAACUGUGCGACGAGAAAGCCAUCAGGAUGGAUAGGUUCAAAGAAGAUGAAAGAUCCUGCCUGCCGAUACCAGAGACCACAAGUGGCGCUUACGGAUGGCUAGCGUCAAAGCCUGAAUUUCUGCUGGAGAAGUAUGGGCCGUAUCGAGGGAAUCGAGUUAAACCUCCAAGAAUGUGAUACCAAAUUCGGCGAGAAAUCAUAUUUAAUAAAUACCACCAGGAAGAGGG